ACAACUUAGCAAGGCCACACAGCAAAGCAGAUAAACAUGUGCGAUAUAUAAAAAGGAAUGCAUAAACUGUGACUUAUUUCGCGUCAACAUGUGUUGAAUAAUGCUCCAUAAAAAGUACUUAAAAAUUUAAUUAUUUACUUAAUACGUAGUUAGCAGUAAGUGACAAAAUGAUAUCGGGAUACGGUGCGGUAACACAGGCCCUUCUUGGGACCUUAUUGACGUGGGGACUUACUGCCGCUGGAGCCGGCUGCGUAUUCUUCAUACGAGGCAAACAUAGGAAGUUACUGGAUGUAUCACUUGGUUUUGCUGCCGGAGUAAUGACAGCGGCAUCAUAUUGGUCUCUCUUGAAGCCAGCGAUAGAAAUGUGUGAAAGAUCUCCCCUAUAUGGUGAUAAAGGACAGUUUGCAUUUGUGCCAAUCGCCGCCGGCUUUUUGUUUGGAGCGGUAUUUGUGUUUGGAACUGACAGAUUUUUGGACUAUUUAGGAAUUAGUUCGACAAAUAUGAUGAUGAGCAUGACGAAAACUAAAGAUUCAAAAGAGAAGAUAGAGGACUUAGAAAUGAUGACGGCGCUCAACAGGCGGCCGUCAACAAGCGUGGUGACGUUGGACGCACAGCCGCCUCCUGCAGACUUUGCUGACUGCAUCAGCAAUCAGCACACAGCGCAGAGGCGGCGCGGCCAUCACCAUUCGCAGCAUUCUCUGAAAGAGAACGGCGAAGGUGACCAUCGGGACAGCAUAGCCAAAGCGCUUGAAGCGCGGCAGUCCCAGUGGAAGCGGAUCAUGCUGCUCGUUGUGGCCAUCACAGUCCACAAUAUACCCGAGGGGCUUGCUGUGGGCGUCUCCUUCGGUGCCGCCUCCAAAAACGAUGCCGCUAACUUCAACAGUGCCAGAAAUCUGGCACUUGGCAUUGGCAUCCAGAACUUCCCCGAGGGGCUGGCGGUCAGUCUGCCGCUGCAGGCCGCGGGCUUCUCCGUAUGGAGAGCUUUCUGGUACGGCCAGCUGUCCGGCAUGGUAGAGCCGGUGUUCGGCGUGCUGGGAGCAGUCGCGGUGGCGGCGGCCGAGCCCGCGCUGCCCUACGCGCUGGCAUUCGCCGCCGGCGCCAUGAUCUACGUCGUCGCCGACGACAUCAUACCUGAAGCGAACGCUUCCGGUAACGGUAAGUUGGCGACGUGGGGCUGCAUCAUCGGCUUCACCGUCAUGAUGUGCCUGGACGUGGGGCUUGGCUAACGCCCCGAUCGCCCCCACAACGACCCGCGCGACCACCGGACCCACACGAAGCGGCUUCUCAGGAUCAUUCACUAGGCAGUAGGUACAUCUGACGUUAUGUAAACUUGACAUAAAGCAAGUAUUUGGCACUUGAUCGACAUGCUUUUGUUUUUAGGCGAUGGCUAUCAAAGAAAUACAGUGCUAGUUAUUUGUGAAAACAAAAGAAAUACAAUAUCGUAUUGUAUCUGUGUGCAACCUAUGUGAAAAUUAAUCAUUGUCAGACUAUUUGAACCUUCAACUCAUAUAUUGCUUGUAUUGAAAAAUGACGCUCAUGACUCGAUUCUAACUUUAUCAUGGGCUCAAACCUGUGAAUAAUCGAAUAUCUUUAUGAUAUUCAAUACUAUGUUUCUCCAAUCGCAUGCUGAAAUCUUUGCUUAAAGGGAGUUUUGUAUGUUGUUUCAAAAUACACACCCCUGUGCAUAAUGUAUAAACUGAUACAGGUUAUGUACUACUUGCUUGCUAAGUACUUAUACUAUUCUACAUUUAAUUUGUCAAUUCAUUUUAAUCAAUUAAUGAUCUAACUAAGCCCGUCUCUAUCUUAAUAGAGUCGUCUUAUCAAUGAAACAGUUCUUUUUCCUUAAACAUUUGUAUUUUUUGAUAAAAUAGUCGUAAAUAAUGUUCUAUUUAAGGAUUAAUGUCUCAUGGGAACUACCGCACAAUACUUAAAUGCAUUAUUUUUGUUAAUGUUGAUGUCGAAAUAAUUAGUUUUUGUAAAGUUGUCGAUCCUGAGAAGAUAGCGAGAUAUUGUUAAGUACUUCCACGUAAAGACUAAGCGAUGAUAUGUGAUGUUAUUUAAUUUAGUGUUCUUAUCAUGGCGUGUGCUGUUUAGAAAGUAACUUUUAAGAAGAGAGCGUAUCUUUACCUUAAAGGCCGGCAACGCACCUGUAACGCCCUUGGGACUGCGUGUGUCUAUGGGCGACGGUAAUCACUUACCAUCAGGUGAUCCGUCUGCUCGUUUGCCUCCUGUCACAAAAAAAAAACUUAACUGCAAGUAGAUUACCCGUGAAAGUGCUUGAGAAUCGCGCUCCAGCCCAGUGAGGGAACCUACACCUAAGACUACAUUCUAAUAUUAAAGUAGGUUUAAAACCUGAAUAUGAAUCUGUUUUCAUUCAUUAGAAUUUUUAUACAUUUAAAUGAGAGUUAAAGUAGAGUUUGGUAAUAGUUUUAAAGCCGGUCACAGACCACUAUCAAUUGCAGUGGCUCUUAAGAAUGAAUAUAAACGUCGCUGCAGUACGUGGUGUGUAAAACUGAGACCAUACUAAACCGUCAUCAUUCAUACCUUAAAAAUCACUUGGACAAAAUCAUACUGUGUUGUCUAAGUUUCAGUUCUUUCUAAGUCUAUUAAGUACUUAUGCAAUGCGAUGCUGUAGGUAUAAAUGAGCUUUAAGCAUUUUUUUCUACCAUUGCCAACAAUCGGUAGCCGAAAUAUACUUAAAUCCUCCAUAUAGAGUUCCUUUGUAUGAAGUUCUCUGUAUUCUCAAACCAAUGAAAUAACCCAAAGUGACACAUAAUAAUUAAAUUGGAAUUCGUUGUACAUUAUGUAUAAAAUAUUUAUAUGUAUAGUGUGUACAAAACGGCUGUAGACGCAAGCACGAGAUAAUAGAGAAUGUGCCACUUAAUUUCUAAAUAUGAUAUUGAAUCAUAACUUGGAAGCGAUGCCCAAUAUUAGACGAAUAAAAGCAUAAUUGUUAAUAAUAUAAUUCAAUUAUUAACGAACAUCAAUUUAUAUAUUAGCGUUUUAAUGUCAAGACUUCAAGAGUAAUGAAAUUACUACAUACUUGAUGAUAUUUUACUUUCCGACUUGAAAUCAUUGAUAGAACCUAUCGUUUUAACAUUUCUAUAGAUGAAUUAGUGUAUAUAAUUUAGAUCUAAGUGAAGUGUGAGUUGUUUGACAAGCACCAAUAAGUUAGUUUAAAUUAUUACCAAGACAAUAUUUGGCGUUUGUCGAAUGAAACACAAAUCCGCAGCAUUUACUAAAGAAAUUACGACGCAUGUCUAGCCCUUACGUCAUCUCACUCCUUAUGUGGCCUAGCCAUCCCUGCUAGGAGUACUCGAAUUAUUUAAUAUUUAUAUUAACUAUCACUAUCAACUAGAAGAUGCAAAGUAAACUCUCGUGCGCUGUAAUUAAGCUCAAUGCACAUGCGCGAUGCAUUGCUAUAGUUUCAUUAACUUGUUUAUGUUCCACGCCAGAUUGCACUUUACUUCUAAAUGAUAGAGCAGCAUUUCAUUUGAGGGUUCAUAAGGAGUGAGACUUGUACGAUAGUUAGUACUAAUAAAUUAAUGUGUGGUUAUACGGUUAUUAGAUAAUU